AUGCCGGUGUACAAGAUACUGGUGACGACUGGAGAUAUGCCGUUUGCUGGAACAUGGGACUCGGUCUACGUGACACUGGUGGGGUCUGAGGGACAGAGCAAGAGAACGGAACUCAACAACAUCGGAUUUGACUUUUCACGAGGAAAAGCAAGAUCAUACACUCUGAAACACGACUUCUCUCUUGGGAACCUUCUGCUGCUCACAGUAGCAAAAGACCCAUUCUUUAUUUUCCCAGAAGACAAGUGGUACUGCUCCAAAAUUCUGGUGACUACGCCUGAAGACAACACCAUCCUAUUCCCCUGUUACAGAUGGAUAUCGAGAGGAGAGCUGGUGGAGCUGCGAGGAGGCAAAGCAACACUGAUUUAUGAGGAUGAGCUUCAGCUUUUACUCGACCAUCGGAACAAUGAAAUACAGAGUAGAAAAACGCAGUACCAGUGGACGUUUCAUUAUGAAGGACUGCCCAACGGAUACGACGACGGCUCAAAAGCUCUCGCAGAAGGCCACGCAUCAGCCACAUCUACAAACUCCUUUGAACAAUCGCUCGGAGGAAUAUCCAAGUCCAAAGACAAAUGGAAGUCAUUUGAAGAGAUGGAAAAGGUAAUUGGGGUCAAGAAGACGGCAAUAACAGAUUAUGUGAUGCAGAACUGGAAAGACGACAGCUUCUUUGGAUUCCAGUUUUUAAAUGGGGUUAACCCGAAUGCUAUCAAACGCUGCUCCCAACUUCCAUCAAACUUCCCCAUCACAAAUUGGAUGCUGAUGGACUGUGUCUCAGCUGGAUGGACUGUGUCUCAGCUGGAUGGACUGUGUCUCAGCUGGAUGGACUGUGUCUCAGCUGGAGGAACUGUCUCUCAGCUGGAUGGACUGUGUCUCAGCUGGAUGGACUGUGUCUCUCAGCUGGAUGGACUGUGUCUCUCAGCUGGAUGGACUGUGUCUCAGCUGGAGGAACUGUCUCUCAGCUGGAUGGACUGUGUCUCUCAGCUGGAUGGACUGUCUCUCAGCUGGAUGGACUGUGUCUCAGCUGGAUGGACUGUGUCUCAGCUGGAUGGACUGUGUCUCAGCUGGAGGAACUGUCUCUCAGCUGGAUGGACUGUGUCUCUCAGCUGGAUGGACUGUGUCUCAGCUGGAUGGACUGUGUCUCAGCUGGAUGGACUGUGUCUCAGCUGGAUGGACUGUGUCUCUCAGCUGGAUGGACUGUGUCUCAGCUGGAUGGACUGUGUCUCAGCUGGAUGGACUGUGUCUCAGCUGGAUGGACUGUGUCUCAGCUGGAUGGACUGUGUCUCUCAGCUGGAUGGACUGUGUCUCAGCUGGAUGGACUGUGUCUCAGCUGGAUGGACUGUGUCUCUCAGCUGGAUGGACUGUGUCUCUCAGCUGGAUGGACUGUGUCUCAGCUGGAUGGACUGUCUCUCAGCUGGAUGGACUGUGUCUCUCAGCUGGAUGGACUGUGUCUCAGCUGGAGGAACUGUGUCUCUCACCAAUUUGAAUUAUGAAACACUCAGAAACUUCAUAUGA